UCGCAGCGGGUGGCAGAUUUCCGGGGCAAAUCGAUGGCAUCUCCACACUUCCACACUUUCCACUGCCACGCCCGCAUACUGCCACCACUGACCGCUUGCCCCCAGCAGUCCCACCGCCCGGGGAAUGCUCAACACGAUCGGUUUUGCCUCUCUUUCUCCUCCCUCUUUAGUUGCCCCCCCACGGUGCCUGUUUCACUUUCAGCCCAUCAAGUGCAUCCAUCCAUCCACAUUCAUCUCUCGCCUCCUCCACUCCUUUCCCCUCUUCCCAUCCCAGAUUCUCCCAGCGUCUGUCGCAUAUACCCCAGACCCAACUCGCAUCCAUCAUCGAAACAGUAAUUCUCAGGAAGCGCGCUUUCCACCCCCCCACACACUCAACCUCCCCCGGUGUGCAAGUACAAGGCUCCAUCUCAUCUCGUCUUGUUCGUUCCCGUGGAUCUUCCUCACUCUCAACUGUGACCGGCUCCGACUGCUCUUAUCGCUUCCCUUUUCCCUUCCCUUUUUCCCUUUUCCCCUCCCCCAUUGUUCCAGCCCAUCGCCUCCGCGGCCCCAUCUGGCCGCCUUUUCACCCUCUCUCCCUCUUUCUGUCUCCCCUUUAUUUUGCCUCGCUUAUGGCCACGCAAUUCUGUUUCCUUCUUUGAUCUCUUUUUCUUACUUUCUAUUUUCCUUUUUUUUCCCAGCUGCUACUUUGCCCAUUUCCCCGGUCGCUUACCACAGACCUUUCUGUGCAGUCUGCUCUUCCUCUGUGCGGUUCACAAUCAACGAGGCAGCCUAUUGGGUUUCGGACUCCGCCCACGAUAGUGGCAUUUUCCGAGGCGUCCGCUUUCGAAUCUUACCUUUCUACCACAACUUCGCCCACCGCGACCAGUCAAAUCCGAUCGCGAAUUACCCCUCGCAUUCGCCUUGAACUCAUCCCGGGUUCAGCACCAAUCGUAUCUUUGCCUCAUCCAGGAAGCGUCUACCGCGCAGUUUCUUGCUCGUCAAGUAGACAUCCCACUCUUCUGGUUGGUAACUCCGUACCUUCCCUGUUUUGUGGUGGUCUGAGCCACCUCCUGUCUCUCUUCUCCCUGAAAUUAGAUCGUGGCUCAUUCUAGUGUCGCCUUCUCUCUCUGUUUGAUUGAGCGCUAACGGGCACUUGUCCGAUCUGUCAGAUUUUCUCCCCGCCACCCUCGCAACUCGCCCGACCUCGUUGAU